UACUCAUAGAUUCUCCUUUCCUUGUGUGUUUAUCUUUCAAAUCUAAACAUUUACAUAAAACAAUAGUGCGUGUUGACAGGAGUCUUUGUCGGCGGGCUAUGUCUAACUUCGCUGUGUAUUUAUUAUAUUUAAGGACCUUCACUUAUUUCGGCCAAACUAUAAAUCUUCAGUCAACAGGAAUAUGUUCGAACUCAACCCCAGUCGUGUGCUGUAGUAAUUAUCAUCUUGUCGGUAAUGAAUGUAAAGAAUGUGACCUGGGAUAUUAUGGCGACUGCUUGACGAAGUGUCCGGCUGGGCUGUAUGGCAGUCUCUGUUUACAAAAGUGUUCAUGUAUACGAAAGCUGUGUAAUCACGUGACAGGCUGCCCUGUUGCUUCGGUACCAGUAGGAACAACAACUGCUAAAACUGGAAGUUGCCCGGAUAACGACAACGGAUGCUGUCUUAACUAUUACAGGGAUGGUAACAAAUGCAGAGAGUGUCCAUCGGGAUAUUUUGAUUACAAUUGUUCUCAAAUAUGUCCACCAGGUUUUUAUGGAAAAAAGUGUAUCUCAGAAUGUGAAACUUGUAACAUAUCCCUCUGUGAUCAUGUCAAUGGAUGUACCGAUGUGACAGCAAACAACUCUAGUCCCGGCAACUCCUUGCAGAUAUCAGUCACUGUCGCGGUGGUUGUCGUUCCUCCCGUUACGUUUGUUGUAAUUACAGCCAGUAUAGUGGGAGUCAUCUGUCUUUGUAAGCGAAGGAAGAUCUACGAACCGAAACACAUCAACAAUGCCUCUCAGAGACAAUCUUCCCGUAGAGAAGAUCGAUCAGAGCACACAUCGAAUCAUCCCCCACAGCCAUCUCCAUGUCAACAGGAAAUGCCAGGGGCGACAAUUGAAUUAUACGACGAUAAUGCUGAGAAUCCCUAUGCUCAAAUAUCUGAUACCGCGAGACUUUUACCCAGAACGAAACACUGUGCAAAAGAGGUGAGCAUUCCAACGGCCCCAUUAAUGAAGGAUGAGACCCAGGGACGUGAUCCGUAUGAUAUACUUAGUUUAAAAGUGAAGGGCAGGGGACAUUCAGAAAUGACGUUUGAUUCACACACCAAGGACACAGGAUGGCCAAGAGUCAAUGGGAUUUGUCCUGAUGUUACAUCGACAACCACCAACAGGCAUGGACUACCGCCUCCUCCAAUAAGAUAUCCAAUACCUAAUGCACGUACAAGUUUCCUUUUCCCAGGGUCGUCGUCAGAUGAAUCAUCAGGUUAUGUACCGUACAAUAGUUGCAAAACUACAGGUAGGUCGAGCGAAGCGGAAGUUGAGGAACUUCCUCUCCCCCCGCCACCUCCAACAUUUGUAUCUGGGAACAAUGCCAAACCCCCAAAAGGAAGAAAACCACAUCCGCCACCAAGAAAACUACUGAAAGAUUCGCCUGUCUGCAGGACCGACGAUCAAGGAGGAAGCCAAACUGAACACGAAGGUAUAGUGAAUUUACGACACCAAAAUGAAAUGCAUGAUGAAGCAGAAAAUGUAACUAUGAAGACGAGAACCAGUUUCUUUACGCAAAACAACAUAUUCAAGAAAGGUCCGUCGUUGAAAAUGUUACUAACAAAAGACAGGAUCAACAAACGAAAAUCAAAUGGCAAAUCCUAUAAUUUAUCCGGCUUGUUAAACGUGGAGGAAAUGCCCCCUCCUGACCUCAACAACGACGUGGAAUCAAGUCAUGUCUCUGGGGAACAACUUCCAUGUGCCGAAAAUCAAACUAACGUCUUACGGAAAUGCCAGACAGCCCUGAAGACUAAGAUGAAUAGAAUUAGUGCGUUACGGUUUGCAAACGGCACACUGGGGAAUCUCCGAUACAGCUUCGCACGACCUACAAAUUAACAAAGAAUUCAAACUUUGUGAUAAGCUUCUCAAUGUGUGACACCAAAGUCCGGACUGAUGAGUAACAUUUUCACAUGUCUAACGAUACUUUACGUGUACCAUUACUUUAAUACUAUGUGCGUUUGAACAGAAUUGCUCUGUAAUCCAAACUGUGAAGUAUUUUAGCUCACCUGAUUCGAAGGUUCGUUGAGCUUAUCAUAUGGUCGUAGGAUGACGUGUGUCGUAUGGAUACGCGUUUAGUAAUAUGGGUCAUAUCUUUGAAAUGUUUUGACCUAUUGUUUUAAACUUUGUUCCAUAACACUGUGUGACUAAUGGCUCUAGCAUGCAACAAAACGAAGGAAGCAGCUUCUAAUGAAAGGGAGAUAAGUAGUGAUUGCUAAAAAAUCUUUUGAACUGCAUUUUGACCAAACGGAUACCGAAACAUCGCUAUGAUAAUGUAAAUGAUUGUUCAUGAAGAUACCCCCAGGGUGAAGGGCGUGGUUUUAUGGGCACUUGAAUUCUGGAAAUUUUCUAUUUCCUUCUUAAAGCAAUACUAGCUCUCAUUUUAACGUCAAAAACUUUUGUUGCAAAAUUGUGAUUUACUAUUUCAAUGACCAAAAAAAAUCAAAGUAAUGAACGUACUGAAAGACGGGGUCAAAUUAUCCGAUGCAUAACUUUAAGAAAUGGUGCAGUUAUGCUAAUAUGACAAUUCAUAUGAAAACUCUACAGACAAAUACUUUAAUUAGACAUAGGUCUUGAAUUCGCAGAUUUACGUACAACUUCCUAUUCGUGUUUUUGAUAUAAUAAAAGAAAUGUUCAAAAUCGAAA